GAAAACAUGUCCUUGGUUUUUAAUAAAUCGCAGAUCCUUCAUUUGCAAACACUUCCUAGUCAGCUGAUGGUCAUUUUGCGUUUUUGACCAUAAUGUCUAAAAUUAGCACGUGCAGCUAACGUUGAGCGCGUUGUUCGAGUGCGUGAAUGAAUUUUCGAGAGUGCAGUAGGGACAGUGUAUGUAUACAAUCAAAUUUUGUCAUGAUCAGCUGUAAAAGUGUCAGCAAACUGUCAUGAGUAUGUUUAUGAACAACUACGGGAAAUCUAUCGUGAAUGGCGCAUCGACGACUAUUUUGGUAUUGUUACGCCGUCGAAUUUUAAGUUACACUGUCUAAAUUAUUUUUAGAAGGAAUGCCUAGGUAGAGGGCCAGCUUUUAGAGUCUGAUUACCAACCAACCAGCAAGAUGUUAUUCGUAUUUUAUGUUGAUGCUGGGAGAAUGAUGACUUUUGACAUGAAUCUUGCUCUCCACAGCGUCUUGGAGCUCAAGAAGCACAUGCAACAGGAAUGUCAAGUCCCGCCCGAGAAACAGGUUCUGCUGAUCAGCGGAGGGGAAUGCCUGGACAACAAGAAACGUGUCUGCUCUUACUCUGCAGGCACCGAUACUAACCCCAUCUUUCUGUUCAGCAGGAAACUCUUAGAAUCGCCAACGCCGCCUGGUCCAAACGACGAUCAGAUUAUCGAUCCAGAGCUGGAUAAACGUAUCCGCGACCACCUAGACAUGCCUAUAGCUCUUCACACGGUAGUGAAACGUACGCAGCUAGCGCAACGUCUGCACGAGCAGGACGAGCAACUGCUGCGCAACUGCGAGAAGCUCGUCCACGAACAACACCUGCAGCAGCAGGGCUGGUCAGCGGUGGUCGCGAACCUGGAAGACCUCACCGUCGAGUUCCGUAGGCGGUCGGAAACGUUCGAUAUGUGCUUCAGCGAUUUCAUGAGUGGAAGGGAGGCCUACUACUCUUUUCUCCAAUACUUUCAUAGUGACCUGGAGGUGCUUCAGAGGAUACCUGUUCUAUCUGUGUUAGUAGAGUUAGAUAAACAAAAUAGGCGAAAUUUAGAAAAGGCCAAAAAAUCUGCAGAAAAAGAACAAGCAGAAGAAUCUAAGACAUCAUUGGAUGAAUCGAAAACGUCGUUAGAGGUGGAAAAACUGACCGUUGAUGAGCCCACCACCAAUAAAGACGUCUCCCUUUUUGAUUGGAUUUCUACGGCAGAUGAUAAAAAUACGCUCGACCAACUUUACGAGCACUGCACCAAAGGCCUCGAAACGUUUAACGGGAGAGCGAUAAACACCUUGAAAAGCGAAAUUAGGGCAUGUCUGUUGGAAACGGACAAUAAUAAAAUGAAAGAGGUCAAAGGAUUGGGCGAGCGAUUAUUCGGAUUGGAAAACCUGAUCGUCAAAAUAAAAAUGUUAGUGAAGAGCCAAAGUGAACUGGCUCAAUCGUUUGUAAAUAAUCAAAGUAGAGCUAGUAAUACUAAGGAUCCUUCAGUUUUGCCAGACUUGUGUAUGUCACACAAGCAACAGUUGCAAAUGAUGGGGCAGCAUCACCGAGAAAUAGUGGAUAUACGAAGGAGGAUUAUUGCUGCUAAAGACGAACUAAGCCUCAAUUUAUAUCACCGGUUACGUUGGGUAAUGUACCUGGAAGAGAAAAUCGUAGAAACUGAUCAUAGGUUGGUGAUGUAUUAUGAAAAUUUGAAGAGAUUGCGGCAUCAUCUACAGGUCUUACAACAAGUACACUUGGCGCCUGUUACGUAUCUCAACGCUGUAGCCGAGGUGGUAAGGAGAAGGGCCUUCUCGCAAUCCUUCCUAUUGUGGGCAUCAGAGGUAGCUUGUCAUAUGCUAACCAUCCAUAACGAAGAAAUGACCAGGCGAAAAGAUUUUCAAGCGCAAUUCGAAGGGCAUUUUUUGAGCGCUCUGUUCCCCGGAAUGGACGAUCUGCCGCCAUCGUUCGCAACGCAACCUCCUUCUAUAUUCGAUAGCGCUCUACCAACAAUCACCCAGGAGGACAUUGAAAGGCUGAAAAAGGAAGUACCGGAUCUCGCCGACAAUCUCAUCAUUCCGGACACGUCGGCGAUAACGAACUUCCUAUUGCGAUCCGUUGCCGCGAUGGCCGGGACGAGCGUGCGGAGAAGCAUCGAGGGCAAUCAGGACGUAGCCGUGGAGGACAAGCCGGACAGGACCGUGUACGAGGCUGGGCUAGGCAAGUAUUUGCUCAAGGACGCGCCUGGAGGCAGCCAGUCGAGUUUGGGUACUGCGGAAGAAGCGACAGGUGGCGCGCCGAUCGUACCGCCAUUGAAGGAUCUGGAAAAGGGCUGUGAAUCCGAGACAGAUACCGAGGAGUUCGAGAAAGUGGGCCAGAGCCCGUUGGAGCUGAACUUCGACAAGCAGCUCCCGUCGCCGCAGACCGCCACCGCUGCCGGUACGACCACAGCUCCGCGGCCGGGCCCGCCGCACCACCAGGACGCCGCAACGUUGACUGAGGUGGGUGUACCCCCGAAAAAACCCCCCAGAUGCUUCCACAGGUCCCCCGCGGACGGCGAUCAGUUGGGCCAUCAACAGCCCCCGAGCGAAGAUGACUUUGCCGGCGAGGAGUACUACAUCGACGAGAGCCUGCCUUCGAGUCUCAGUACGCAUAACAGUCAGCACGGAGAGUACUACCAGCGACAGUUGGACACUGCGAAUACGGUGGUGGCGCUGCUGCAGGACAACUUGCAAAUUUCUAGGAGCGAACACGAGAAGCUGAAAAGCGGUCUCCUUAAAAUGCAAAGCUUAGCGAAAGAGGCAGUUGGGCAUCUGAAAAACCAACUAGCAGACUUAAAAAAUAAUAUGACGAGUGAUAUAGUGAUAGUUAACGAAGAUUUUUUCAAUACCGGUACAGGAUUCAAACAUAAAAUUUUGGAGUACGAGUGUAGGACCAAUGAAAUUUUUGAAAAUUUCAAAAAAGAACAGACUGCCAUUACGCAAGAACUGAAAAGUAGAGAAGAGAGCAAUCUGAAAGAAAUUUCCGAGUUGAAAGAAGCGAACGAAUCGUUGCGAAGGCAGAUUGAAGAUAGUGAUAAAUCCAUUAGUGAGUUGAGACAGGGUAUGGAGGAAAUGAAAGAGAAAAGCGAAGCCAAAAUUAGAGAGUUAGAAAAACAUUUGUCGGAAAAAGACAAGGAGAAGGAAAAGGCGGUGAAAGAAGUGAGCGAUCGCUUUAUCCGAGAACACAAAGCGGAAGUAGAAAACAUCAGAUGUCGUUUCAAAUUGAUGACGAUGGAACGCGCACCCUCGGAAUCUAGUCUGGAAAAGUCUGGGGAUUACAGCAGCUUGUCGAGUCAGACGACGCUCUUGGCGCAAAUGGCGGAGAAUUUUGAGUUGGAUAAGGAAAAGGCGGUGAAUCAGGCUCUAAAGGAGGAGAGGGAGAAAUGGGAGAAGGUCCUGGCAGCUAGAAUCAAAGACAUGGAAAGACAUUUUGAGGAGGAUAAAGAUUUGAUGUUGCAGGAGGUUGCUAGAAGGGUUUCUGACGAAAAGGACAGACAAAUCGACGUUCUGCGCGACCGAGAACGCGACUUGAUCCUCGAGUGUUCGAAACACAAAAGCACGAUUCAACAGUUGACUGAAUGCAACGUCGAAAGCUGUGAAACCGAGCUGCUGGAAAUGCUAAACGCGCUGCAAAGCGAUAAAGAUCGCCUAGAAGAAGAACUUCAGCGUUUGAAGUUGGAGAUGACUGGAUCUGUCAGCGUUUGCGAAGGUAUUCUCCACGAAGAUUAAUACACAUCUGCAUGCGCUCGAACCAAUUUUCGAAGCACUUAUUCCACUCGUUUGCUGGCAGAUCCAAAACGGCAUUUUUGAAUGCGUCAGCUGCUUCUUCUGGUGACUGGAACCUUUGACCACGCAGUCUGUUUUUAAUUUUCGGGAAAGUAAAGAAAUCGUUAGGACUAUAUGGAGGAUGGUCAAAUAAUUCCAAGUUUUCUUCCGUUAAAUACUGCCUUGUUUUUUGGGCUGUGUGCGAGCUUAUAUUGUCUUGGUGGAGGAUGAUUCUUCUUUCGGGGUUGAUUUUUCGAAGCUCGGUGAUGACUUUUGGUAAACAAAUGGCGGUAUACCAAUCCGCAGUAACAGUUGUUUGCUCAUUAAGAGGAAUUGUUGCAAUAUGACCCGCUUUUGACACAAAUGACUAUCUUUUUCGAAGAAAACAAAAUUUUAGUGGAGGCGCAAGCAG